CGUUAUCUUUUUCAAAAUUAAUUUAACCAUUGAAAUUUUACGGAUUAUAAAAAAGCUCACUCUAAUCAAAGAAGCUCUUACCAAAGGCCUCAAUUUAUACAUGUUCUUCCAAAACGAGGCGGUCUGUUUUUCGAAGCUAGGAGACGUGAGUUCGGAUCUCUUCUUCCCCGAUUGUUAGCCAACGGAACUUGAUAUACAUUGUGCAACCGGAAUGAGAGAUCGAAUCAGCAAACUUCCAGAUGAUAUACUUGACCAUAUUUUGGGACUAUUGCCGAUUCACGAAGCUGCUAGUACUGCAGUGUUGUCCACGGUUUGGAGGGAUGUUUGGUUAAGUCUUUCGCAUCUCAGUUUUGAUCAAACAUUCUUCAAUUACAUUAGUAACCAUUACGUUGCGGAAGCAUCCUUUCUUGUGGUAAACAAAGUUCUCAUGAAGCACAAGGGACCUGUUCGAAAAUUUGUCUUUGAUUUUGAUUUCUGGAGAACUCGCGAUAAGUUUCGGUGGCCCGACUUUGAUCAAUGGUUACUACUUCUCACGCAAAAUGGCAUUGAAGAAGUCUCCUUAUCUUUUGGGAAUUGCAGUGCAUAUAUACUGCCAGAUUGCAUGUUUUCUUGCCAAACAUUGAAGAAGUUGCAUCUUAAGGGUGUUUUCGUUGAACCAAUAAAUGCCCCUUGCAUAUUCCCAAAUGUGGCUUCGCUUCAUUUGGAAAACGCUCGGUUCGGUACUAUAAACAAUGCAGGUUCUGCUGUGAAUCUUCCGAUGCUAGAGAGUCUCACAUGUGAAAAGAUUUCUGAUUUUAACAUUACUGCCCCAAAGCUCAAAAGAUUACAAAUUAAGCCUUGGACCAAAAGUCCUAUUCUUCCACUUAACUUAAACUUGAAACCAAUUCGUCAUCUUCAACUCGGUACGGUUUACCUCAAGAGUUUCGCCAAAGAACUAAGCAGAAUAGGACAGGACGGAACCACAUUGAAUGUGGAAUACCUGGAGCUGGAAUUUUGUCCCAGUAACAAUAAAGAGAUCUCUGCGUUCGUUCAUUUGGUGGGAAUGUGCCCAAAGCUAUGCAAACUAGAUGUAGAGUGUCACGAUGUAGAGUCUACUUCGAUAAAAGCCUUACUCAAACACCGAGACGAUAGUGUGGCUCAAACAUGCAAAGGGGUUCGCACGUUGAACGUUUUCUGCUCAUUUAGAGGGUCGAUGCCCGAAAUGCAGUUCUUUGAGUGGCUCGUUACCCGUUUUCCAACACUCGAGAAGAUUGUUGUUUUUCAGACGAAACGGUAUUGCCCCAACACGGAGUUGAAAAACAAGCGGAAGUUUUUGCGCUUUCUCCGCUCCUCUUCAAAUGCAAAAAUGGAUUACAUUUUUUGUUGAAAUUGAUGAAUGCAUCUCCUUGAAUGAAGUGCAAAACAUUACUCCGGAUGGAUGAUUUCACUGUUUGUAUGGAUGGAUGAUUUCCAGGUUA